CAGUUCUCCUCCCUUCUCCUCAACAUGCAGUUAUACUACAGCAUUCUAGCCCUCGCAGUCCUCGGCUGUGCCAGUGCCCAACGUCAACGCCCCCGUGGUGGCCGUCAAGGCACUGGAUACUCAGCACCUGCUGACAACGGCUAUGCUGCACCCGCCAAUGAUCCCCAGCCUGCUUACGGCAAUGACCAAGAUGUUUACCAGGGAGCUGCCUCCAGCCCCGUAGGAAGUGAUGACAACCUCGCCAUGUUGGAGAAAGCUGUUCCCGGGGUACCCGGAGAAGACUACCCCAUCUAUGCGGAGGUUCCAGAAUCUGGAUUUGCCUGUGAUGGUCAGGUCGAUGGAGGAUACUACGCUGAUCCUGAGGCUGAAUGCCAGGUCUUCCAUAUCUGCACUGCUGACGGUCAGGGUGGACUUUCCAAGUACAGCUUCCUCUGUCCUAAUGGAACCAUCUUUAACCAGAACUACUUCAUCUGUGACUGGUGGUUCAACUUCGACUGUUCCUCUGCCGAGGGUCUCUACUCCCUCAACGAUGACAUUGCUGCUGAGAGAGAAGCUGCUUCUCCUGCUGCAUCCUCUCCUCAGGGAUCUUAUGCUUCACCUGACGCUGCUCCCAUUGGAGGAUAUAACGCACCUCCUCAGGUAGCUGAGGCUGCCCAAGCUGCCUACGGACCUGCUGCUCGUAACGCAAGAAAUGGACGUGGACCUGAACAGCCCUUUAACCAGCCUGCCGCCAGAGCAGGAAAAAGGGGUGGAAACAGGAGAGGAUAAACAGGAAAUGUUGCAAUAUUAUCUAGUCAGCUUACUAGCUUUAAGAAUGUUGAAUGUAUGAGAACGUCUAGAAAUGAAUGAUCUGGAAAUCUGGGAACUGAAUUCUUCUAAAAGUCUUCUAUUUUCUAUAUGCUUUGGUAAUUAACUUUAAAAUACCCCUUAGACAAAAUAAUUGUCUCCUCAAGUAAUCCAAAACCCCUCCAAUGAUCCCCCAAAUCCCUGAUUGCAUUCCCAGAAAAGACCAACCAGAAACUGAUUGAACGCUUGAAUUAUGGCUAGAAAAUAAUUUAUCUUAUUUAUUGAUUUUGCAUAAUAAAGAAUACAUUCUGUAUA